AUGCUCACUAAUUUGCCAGAAAUGGGUGGCUAUGGUGCGCUCGUCCACCCGGCAUAUAUGGAAGAGUACUUCACGUAUUUAAUGACCUCCCGUCUAUUACUUCGCAUUGCCCCCUACAAGUGCUUUGUUGCCGUAUCGGUACUCGUGCUCUAUCAAUUCUUCGUCGACAACUCGAUAUACUCCCAAACGUUUUAUACCUAUGUGAUGUUUUUAAUCUACCACGUUGAGCACGUCAUCCUCAUCUGGAUCUAUAUUUUUGGGGACCCAGAGCUGAAAGUGCAGUUCUAUUCGAUGCUAAAUUUUGGCGUCCCAACCAACGAAUCACUACGGAGCGCAAACGGGCAACGGCUGGCUUUUGACAACAAUCAGGAAACAGAGAUUUACUUUACCCAGCUGAAAAAUUCGUGG